UGUCUCGUUGAAUGAGACAGUUUCGAUAACCACAGUAACGUAACCCCCUGCGAAUAAAAAACGCGCUCCUUCCCUUGGCACUUCUGAUCUUUCGCUCGCAGUGUUGAAUCGUAUUUCUGGUCGAUAAAACAUGCGUUGAAAUCGUCUCGAAAGAAGCAUUGCCCAGUCGAGUGAGCUGCGAAAGAAACGAACAAGUUCAACAAUCGUAGCAGAAGCUUCAACUGUUUUCAACGUCGACGAUAACCGAGUGUGUCGUUCCAUGAAGAGCGACGAGUUAAUGGAAACUACAGCCAAUGGAGAAAAGAUAAAACUAUCAAUUCUGAUAAAAUAGUUGAAAUAAUUGGAAUAAAAUUGUCCAGUGCUACGCGAUCGGAGUACAAGGAGUGCUUUUUUUGCGUGGCGUCUCAACCCUCCAACGCGUCAGCUGAUCGAUAUUUGUGGAGAGGAACGUUGGCGAGAAAGAACUUCUGAAGUAAUAUCUCGUUUAAGGAUCCUUCUUCGUGAUCGAAAAGUCGGGUGAAUAAUUCGGGAAAUUUCUAUGCGGCAAGAGGGCCAAGCCGGGUUGAAGCUUCGGCCCCCGGGCCAACUCCAGCACGGCGAAAUCAUGAUCGAGCAAGACAUGGCUGGUGCACAAGACACUAUUUACUUGUGCAACUUUCGCGUCUCCGUUGACGGGGAAUGGCUUUGCCUCAAGGAACUUCAGGAUGUCGAAUUUUCGAUGCAGGAGUCGAUGCAACGCUCACCUUCGCCACCACUCACUCUAAGUGGUAUAACUCUACCGUCCGCUCGACCAAAUCAUCAUCAUCAUCAUCAUCAUCAUGAGCUUAAUCAUGAGAAUCAUGGCCGUCAGCGAAGCAACGAAAUGCCAGAGCUUUGUGACAUACUCCCGCCAAGCCCACCGCCAAUGCAGCACGUCUCGAGCAUGUCCCGCGAUCCGGUUAUAAUCGAAAGAAGCAACCUCGUCAACAUUUCUAAAUUGAUUGUUAAGGAGCUUAUCGAAACUUCUCUCAAGUAUGGUCGUAUGCUUGAUUCUGAUCACAUGCCACUUCAACACUUUUUCAUCGUUCUCGAGCACGUACUGAGACAUGGCCUCCGUCCCAAGAAGGGUCUGCUUGGUCCGAAAAAAGAACUUUGGGAUAUUCUCCAAUUGGUAGAAAAAUAUUGCCCCGAAGCUCAAGACAUCACAUCGAGCAUUCGGGAUCUACCGACUGUUAGAACCGCAAUGGGGCGUGCUCGAGCAUGGUUACGCAUGGCAUUGAUGCAAAAAAAAUUAGCCGAUUACCUGAAGGUUCUCAUUGAUCAUCGAGACGAUCUUCUGUCCGAGUACUUCGAACCCGAUGCUCUGAUGCUCAGUGAUGAGGCAAUUGUCGUAAUGGGUCUCUUAGUCGGUUUAAACGUCAUAGAUUGCAAUUUCUGUGUCAAGGAGGAAGAUCUCGAUUGUCAACAGGGCGUUAUCGACUUCUCGUUGUAUCUAAGAAACAGCAAUCAUAUACCUGGUGAUUCGCCCGACGAGGAACUCGAAAACGACAACAUGACUACAGUUUUGGAUCAAAAGAAUUACAUCGAAGAACUGAAUCGACAUUUGAAUGCUACAGUAACGAAUCUUCAAGCGAAGGUUGAAUCUCUGACAACGACGAAUGCUCUCAUGAAGGAAGAUCUUUCUAUCUCAAAGAGCAACAUACUUACCUUACAAGAAGAAAAUCGACAACUCAAAAGAGAGCUUGGUAUCGAAAUUAAGGACUCCAACGAGCUGAAUGGCAAAGUGCCCGUCAAAAUAACCGAGACCACUUCGGAAAUCGAAGAACUCAGAAGUCGUCUCGAAUCGGAGAAAAAACAAAGACGAGAUGCUGAAAAGGAAGCGGAACUACAGAUAAGCAUGAAAUCGGAAAUGGAAGUAGCGAUGAAGCUGCUUGAGAAGGAUAUUCAUGACAAACAGGACACUAUCAUAUCGUUGCGGAGUCAGCUCGAAGACAUCAAACUCAUCAAUCUGGAGAUGUACAAAAAGUUGCAGGAGUGCGAGCAUGAGCUGACGCAGAAAGGAGAAAUGGAGUGCGAGGGCUCGCUUAAACAUAAAACAGAUCUGAUCGCCAGGCUGGAGGCCAAGACGAUAUCGAUGACCGACACCAUCCAAAAAAUGGAUGAGAAAUGCAAGAGAAUGGACGGCGUCAAGUCCGGAGUGGAGGAAAAAGUUCGAGAACUCGGUGCCGAGGUUGCCGAAACGGAGGCUCGCGCGAACGGGGUCGAAAGGGAACUCCGCGUCGAGCGAGAAUGGCGAACUUUCCUCCAAGAAGCCUCCAUCACAAGCGUCGAAAAGAUAUCACAAUUGCAUCAAGAAAUAGAUCAAUUGAAAAAAGUUGGCGAGAAAUACGUCGCACUCCAAGAGGAACAUUACGCUCUACGGGAGAUUUGUGCAGAGCAAGAGCGAACUUUGGAGGAAUUGGGAGGACAAUUGAGUGCCGCUAAAUUAGUAGCUGUUGAGCUAAGAGAAGCAGCGGCUGCUGACAAUGCUGAGAAUCAUGGAAAUCAGGACGGUAACGCUGCAUGGGCUAACGAUCGCCUGGUAACACACUGCAAGGGAUGCUCCAGAGAGUUCAACAUAACGCGUCGUAAGCACCACUGUCGCAACUGCGGAAAGAUUUUUUGUAAUUCCUGCAGUGACAACACCAUUGCGUUGCCGAGCUCAGCGAAACCAGUCAGGGUCUGCGACGAGUGUCACGUUUUCCUGGUCGGUCGAUACUCCGUCGUUCAUUGAUCGAAUCUAAUAAACCCAAGAUAUCGAUUGCACGGAUCACAAUAACGCAAGGGAGGAAUAAAUGCUUAACAGGAAGAAUCGCUUAACGCAAAAAAGAAAAAUCCUCCCUCAAUCGAGCUGAAUGUAAAUUAUUGAGAAAUAUUUUUAAAUAUUCAUAGAAGAAACUGCUAUUUUUCGCACAGCUUUUUCAAAAACCAUUUUUAAACUCAGUCUUUACGUGUACAUAGCUAGUAGUUAUAAACAAUAGAGUAAUCAGACGAACUUUACGAGAAUAAAUGCGUUCGUAAUCCCGUCUCGACAGAGCGAUGUCAAUGUUAUCAAUAAUAUUAUUACAACGAUUAUUAUCGUAAUGAUAUUGUGAAUAAUAUGAAAUACCGUAUUGUAGCACAACGCUAUAACCACGUCAACAAAUAUACGCAGAAAAAAAACACCUCGACGACCUCCUGAAAGGUUUUUCUUCCUGAAAAAUCAUGUAACUAAACGUCAUUAAAAUUUUGCAUAGACAUUUUA